AAUCUCUAUUUAACCCAAUCUCUUUCAAGACAAAGGGUAAGUAGAUGUGCAGUCAAACUAUUUUAAGAGUGAACUCAGAGUUUCAGCGCAAGUCUGACACCUAGUGGACAUUUAGUGAACGACAAAUAAACCAUUUUGCUUUCGGUUCUCAAACACAGCAGCAGUCAUUUGAAGUUGAUAGGAAACGGAAACUUUAGUCUUUCUGAACCGUUAUACACGUGACUGUAUUUGUGCAGUCAGUAAAAUGGCGGAGGCAACUCUUUCAGUGUCUCAGGAUCAAUUGAUCUGUUCAAUCUGUCUGGAUUUACUGAAGGAUCCAGUGACCAUUCCCUGUGGACACAGUUACUGUAUGAGCUGUAUUACAAACUGCUGGGAUCAGAAGAGAGACUACAGCUGUCCUCAGUGCAGAAAGACCUUCAAUACAAGACCUGAUAUAGGGAAGAAUGUGAUGCUUGCUGAGAUGGUGGAGAAACUGAAGAAGACAAAACUUCAGACUGAUCCAUCUGCUUUCAGUUCUGCUGGACCUGAAGAUGUGAAGUGUGACGUCUGUACAGAGAGAAAAAAAAAAGCUAUCAAGUCCUGUCUGGUGUGUCUGAACUCUUACUGUCAAACUCACUUUGAAAGACAUGAAGAACUUCAAUCAGGUAGACGACACAAAGUGAUUGAUGUGACAGGAAGACUUCAGGAGAUGAUCUGCUCUCAACAUGACAAACUCAUCGAGGUUUACUGUCGCACUGAUCAGAGAUGUAUUUGUUAUCUGUGUGCGAUGGAUAAACAUAAAAAUCACAACACUGUAUCAGCUGCAGCAGAGAGAACUGAGAAACAGAGACUACUGGAGGACAAGCAGAGAAAACUCCAUCAGACAAUCCAGGAGAAAGAGAAGAAGCUUCAGGAUCUAAGAGAGGCUGUGAAAAUUCACACGAUCUCUGCACAGACAGCAAUGGACGACAGUGAGAGGAUUUUUACUGAACUGAUCCGAUCCAUUGAGAGAAGACGAUCUGAGGUGAUACAACUGGUCAGAGAUCAGGAAAAGACUGCAGUGAGUGAAGCUGAAGAACUCUUGAAGAAACUGAAGCAGGAGAUUGAUGAUCUGAGGAGGAGAAAUGAUGAGAUGGAGAAACUUUCACAAACAAAAGAUCACAUCAGUUUCCUUCAGAGUUUUCAGUCUCUCUCUUCAUCUCCUGGAUCUUCAGACAACAUCACUGUCACUUCUCUUCCAUCUUUUGAUGAUGUGAUGAAAUCUGUAAUUAAACUGAAAGAAAAGAUGGAGGAUUUCUAUAAAGAAGAGAUUAAAACAAUAUCUGACAAAGUUUCAUUCAUUGAAAUUAUUCCCAAUGAACCCAAGACCAGAGCAGAGUUUAUAAAAUAUUUUAGCCUGCUCUCUCUGGAUCCAGACACAUCAAGUAGAUUUAUUUGUCUGUCUGAAGAGAACAGAGUGGCUACUCACACUUCCACAGAUCAGAAGUAUCCUAAACAUCCAAGAAGAUUUGAUGUUUAUUAUCAGGUGUUGUGUAGAGAGAGUUUGUGUGGACGCUGUUACUGGGAGAUUGAGUGGAGUGGUGAUGAUGGUGUGUUUAUAUCAGUGUCCUAUGAGAGCAUCAGCCGGAAGAGAAUAGGUAUUCAACAUUUAUUUGGAUGUAAUGAUCAGUCGUGGAGUUUAGUCUGCUCUCGCUCUGAAUGUUCAUUCUGGCACAAUAAGAAUAACACACAUCUCCCAGUAGUGUCCAGUUCUUGUAGAAUAGGAGUUUAUGUGGAUCAAAGUGCAGGAAUUUUGUCUUUUUACAGGGUCUCAUCCACAAUGACCCUCAUCCACAGAAUCCACACCAAAUUCACUCAACCUCUCUAUCCUGGGUUUGGGUUACGUCAGAGGACAACAGUGAAACUAUGUCAACAAUGGAAUUGAAUUGAUACCUGCUUAGAACCAGUGCUGGUUCUUGCCAGCUAUAGAAAAGUUGGCUGGCAGAUAUCCUGGGUGGGCAAUUUUAUAUAUACACAGCAAAAAAAUCAACACCUUUUUUAUUGCUCCACACUUAUGGCCAGAGUUUCUAUGACUCACAAAAGUGUAAAGGGGUCAUAUUAUGAGUCUUUGAUGUCCCCAGAGUGCAAAUGUGAACUUUUAGCUCAAAAUACCCCAAAUAUAAUUUAUCAUAGCAUGUAAAAUUCCACUCACUAGUGUUAAAUGUACACUGCUGGUACAGACCUGGUGAUACGCAUAUAUACACCAGUAGUGUACAUUUAACACUAGUGAUUUUGCUCUCUAGGUGCGGGCAAAAAUGUGCAGUUUUUGUGUGUGUGAUUUAUGCAAAUGAGCUAAUGAAAUGCAAACACUGAUCGCAAUGAUGAUGACUUUUAAUAAAACAGCCAAGAAACUCUACAAGAUGUAAAAUUUAUUUUAGGUUUCAAACAGAUAUGGUGAUAGAGAGGAGAAAGUUACAGAUUGCAUUACAGAGGCAUUACAAUUUUGUAAAGGGGUCAUAUUAUGAGAUUUUUUUUAUGUAAAAUAAGUCUUUGGUGUCCCCAGAGUACAUAUGUGAAGUUUUCGCUCAAAAUACCCUACAGAUGUUAAAAUUGACACUUUGUAGGCCUGAGCAAAAAUGUGCCAUUUCCGGGUGUGUCCUUUAAAAUGCAGAUGAGCUGAUGAAAUGCAAACACUGAUCACAAUGAUGGUGGUUUGUUAAAAUUGAAUUGUGCUGUCAAUCUCUCUCUCUCUCUCUCUCUCUCUCUCCCCCCUCUCGCUUCCCCGUAUCUUCCUCUUCCUCUCCACCUACCUCCAUCAAAUUGCAGUCCCGUGGUUGGAUAGUGCAGAUAAAGGGGCACUAUUAUUGCAGUUGGUCUUGCUACCUACCUCAGAAAACAGGCAAAAUUUGAGCUAUCUAAUUUUUCACAUGCUUGCAAAGAAUUGCUUACCCAAACAAGGUUACUGGGAUGUUUUUUUA